AAAUGGAAAAGAUUAUUUCGAUUAGGUUACCAAGGUAAAAUACAACUAUUAAUGUGCAAAAUUAAGUAUAUAAGGGUCGAUCUUAGUUUAUCAGAAAUCAGAAUUAUUGCAACAACGAAAAGUUCAUCUCAAAGUUAUCCUUUCUCAAAAGUUCAAAAUGUCGAAAUUGUUAUUGGUUCUUUGCAUCGCUUUCCUUGCAGUGAGCGUUGCAAUUGCAUGCAAUCCACCGGGUUUUCCAUGCAUGUCAGAUGAUGAUUGUUGUCCAAUGUUUCAUUGUAAUAUUUGGGCUCGUCGUUGCACCAAAGUUAAGCCAGUUCCACCACCAGUUGAUGAAGCACCUUGAAUAUUGAUUGCAAAACAAAUUAAUUGAAAAAAAAAAAAAAUUAUAAAAAUUUUAUUCUUAUUGUGGUACCACCAUAUGUAAUUUGUAUUCUAAAUAAAUUCUAAUUUACUCAGA